AUGUUCUCCGAUAAAGUUAAAAGUUUCUUUAGAAAUUCUUCCUUCUUCAAUCAAACAAAUCCUAAGCUCAUCUCUAAGAUUUCUGACGAUAACUUCCUGUGGACUUCUACAGGGCGCAAACAGGGACCCCUAGGGACUUCUACAGGGCGCAAACAUGCACCCCUAGGGACUUCUACAGGGCGCAAACAUGUACCCCUAGGGACUUCUACAGGGCGCAAACAUGUACCCCUAGGGACUUCUACAGGUCGCAAACAGGGACCCCUAGGGACUUCUACAGGGCGCAAACAGGGACCCCUAGGGACUUCUACAGGGCGCAAACAGGGACCCCUAGGGACUUCUACAGGGCGCAAACAUGCACCCCUAGGGACUUCUACAGGGCGCAAACAGGGACCCCUAGGGACUUCUACAGGGCGCAAACAUGCACCCCUAGGGACUUCUACAGGGCGCAAACAUGCACCCCUAGGGACUUCUACAGGGCGCAAACAUGUACCCCUAGGGACUUCUACAGGGCGCAAACAGGGACCCCUAGGGACUUCUACAGGGCGCAAACAUGUACCCCUAGGGACUUCUACAGGGCGCAAACAUGUACCCCUAGGGACUUCUCCAGGGCGCAAACAUGUACCCCUAGGGACUUCUACAGGGCGCAAACAUGUACCCCUAGGGACUUCUACAGGGCGCAAACAGGGACCCCUAGGGACUUCUACAGGGCGCAAACAGGGACCCCUAGGGACUUCUACAGGGCGCAAACAUGCACCCCUAGGGACUUCUACAGGGCGCAAACAUGCACCCCUAGGGAGUUCUACAGGGCGCAAACAUGUACCCAUAGGGACUUCUACAGGGCGCAAACAUGUACCCUUAGGGACUUCUACAGGGCGCAAACAUGUACCCCUAGGGACUUCUACAGGGCGCAAACAUGUACCCCUAGGGACUUCUACAUGGCGCAAACAGGGACCCCUAGGGACUUCUACAGGGCGCAAACAUGUACUCCUAGGGACUUCUACAGGGCGCAAACAUGUACCCCUAGGGACUUCUACAGGACGCAAACAUGUACCCCUAGGGACUUCUACAGGGCGCAAACAGGGACCCCUAGGGACUUCUACAGGGCGCAAACAGGGACCCCUAGGUACUUCUACAGGGCGCAAACAGGGACCCCUUGGAACUUCUACAGGGCGCAAACAGGGACCCCUAGGGACUUCUACAGGGCGCAAACAGGGACCCCUAGGGACUUCUACAGGGCGCAAACAUGUACUCCUAGGGACUUCUACAGGGCGCAAACAUGUACUCCUAGGGACUUCUACAGGGCGCAAACAGGGACCCCUAGGGACUUCUACAGGGCGCAAACAGGGACCCCUAGGGACUUCUACAGGGCGCAAACAGGGACCCCUAGGGACUUCUACAGGGCGCAAACAUGUACCCCUAGGGACUUCUACAGGACGCAAACAUGUACCCCUAGGGACUUCUACAGGGCGCAAACAGGGACCCCUAGGGACUUCUACAGGGCGCAAACAGGGACCCCUAGGUACUUCUACAGGGCGCAAACAGGGACCCCUUGGGACUUCUACAGGGCGCAAACAGGGACCCCUAGGGACUUCUACAGGGCGCAAACAGGGACCCCUAGGGACUUCUACAGGGCGCAAACAGGGACCCCUAGGGACUUCUACAGGGCGCAAACAUGCACCCCUAGGGACUUCUACAGGGCGCAAACAUGUACCCCUAGGGACUUCUACAGGGUGCAAACAGGGACCCCUAGGGACUUCUCCAGGGCGCAAACAUGUACCCCUAGGGACUUCUACAGGGCGCAAACAUGCACCCCUAGGGUCUUCUAUGGUAGAGUCUAUUAUGAAACAAUAG